ACUCUGGAUUUCUUCAGGUUGGAAUCAAAGAUGGCUGCCGCGGACAAGAAUGUUGUUGGAUUACUAAAUGGCUUAGCACGGAGGGAAUAUUUUGGAGAAUCAGAGAUCACGGACGAAUUUCUUCACCAGGAGCUUUUCUCUGAUCUCGACAAGGAGCAAUUUGACGCAAUGUUGAAGAGAUACGAGAAUUUGAUGCGAAACAUCGUUUCUGCAGAUAUGGAUUUCAAUCAACUCGAAGCUUUUUUAACCUCUCAGAUGAAACGAAAACAAGGUUCCCUUACUCAAGAACAAGCCGCUGCAUUUUUAAAAUUCUGGAAGUCGCAAAAGGUCAAAAUCCACGAUGUCAUGGUUCAAAAGUCUUCUUGGAAUAACAAGUUAAAGGACGUUAGCUGGAGGAUUGAUUUGAAGAGCCAAGGCAGACAUCUUCAACAAAUCAACACGCCUGUGGCAAUCGUUGAAAUGCAGUUGGAAAACAGAUCAACAGAAAGCAAGGAAACAGAUGUGUUUCAGUUUGAAAUGGAUGAAUCCCAGCUGUCAAAUGUCCUUUCAAGUAUUGACGAGAUUGAAAAGAAACUAGCAAGUUACACUCAGUGAAGAGAGCCAAUUUAACUAAAUAUUCUUACCACACCCCCCCAAAAAAAGCAAUUCCUUUGAUUUUAUGUAGUUAGUAACAUUUUGCAUGUUUAAGGUAAAUGAAAUAAUGGUAGCUUGAAAGAUCUAAAUUAAAUAAUCAUUGAUUAGGUAAUAGCCAAGAGUUCACCAACUGUGUGAUUAUACUAUUGAAUAACUGAUAUUAUUUUUUUAUGCACAUUGAUGCAGGUAGCUCUAUAAUUUAAAAAGAAAAUAAAUAACAAAGUUUCACUGUCA